GAAGCCCUAUCUCGGCGGUGCCGGAGAGAUGCAUUUGAAAUGUCCUUUCCCUUCUGUGUCCCUUCUUCCCACGACGCCGUUUCAGCGACUGACAAUGGAUCGCCGGAGUAAAGCUCACGUGUAGAUCGAUGUGGAAGAACAGUUGAAGAGCUCGUUGCCGAUUACUGGAUUGCUGCGAGUUUGCUAGCGGUAACGAUGGUGGAAAGCGAGCCGCCUAAACCGAAGCCUCGGCCAAUAGUUCGUAUUGGGAUCUUCCUCAUCUCUCACAGCCUUCUCGUCAGUGUCGUUUGCUGUACUGGCGGGGUUUUGGCUCUUUUGCUGUUACCUGUUCUCGCCAAAAAUACUUACAUCUCGGAAAAUGCCUUGAUGCCUGGUUCCGCUCACCCCAUGCUUUCCUCUCAGGAUGUGUCAGAGGCAAAUAAUUUAGUAAUGAAACUAACCAAUUUGAAAACAGGCAAUGGCAGAUUAAUCCCAGGCCUGAUAGCACAGCACAUGACAGACUUAGGUGCGGAAGUUAGUUAUCACAAGUUCCAGCCUCGACUAAAUAAGUUUCAUCCACUGCACUUUUUUUCUGGUCCUGAUCGUGGAAUUAUUCAAGAAAACAACAGUUGUUCAUCAUACGGAAUUAAUGUGGUUGGAAUUAUUAGAGCUCCACGUGGUGAUGGAAAGGAAGCUAUUGUCUUGGUGACACCUUUCAAUUCUGUGAAGAUCUCACAUGGUGAAGGUUUGUCAUUAGGCAUUGCAUCCUCAGUGUUAUCUUUACUCACCCGAGUUAGUUGGCUAGCCAAGGAUAUUAUAUGGGUUGCUGCAGAUUCACAGCAUGGAGAAUAUGCCUCAGUUUCUGCUUGGCUGAGAGAUUAUCACACACCUUCAUUUGGUGGUUUGGCAAGACUGAAUGCUGAAACCUGUCAGGAGAGCACUACCAUCUAUGAGUUGCAAAAGAACAUUGUUACAGGAGCAGAAGUAUCUGAUGUGUUCAGACGUGCAGGGACCAUGGCUGCUGCUCUUGUCAUUAAAGUUACCAAUAGCAAUGAACAAGUUGAGCAAGACAGUCUUAGCAUUUAUGCUGAGGCAUCCAACGGGCAGAUGCCAAAUCUUGACCUCAUUAAUGUUGUCAACUAUUUGGCUGUACAUAGGCAGGGAUUGCAUGUACAGGUGGAGAAACUGUGGUCUUUGCUCAACUCUAUCUGGCUUAAGGCUCUAGGUGAAACAUUUGAGUCACUGGGUAAAUUUACUAGAAGCUUAAAUCCCCAGUGGAAAUUUGGUAUCCCUGUUGCAGAUUAUAUUGAAGGCACAGCUACACUUGCCAGUUCUUUAUAUCGCCAGGCAUUAGGUGUUCCUACUGGUCCCCACGGUGCUUUCCGUGAUUAUCAAGUUGAUGCAAUUACUCUGGAGAUUUCACCCAAAGCUUCUUCAAUCAAAAAGGGGAGGCAAAAUGAGUUUCUUCUGCGGGGUGGGAGGUUGGUUGAAGGAGUGAUAAGGUCGGUAAAUAACCUUCUUGAAAAGUUUCACCAGUCAUUCUUCUUAUACCUUUUAACAUCUCCAAGUAAGUUUGUGUCAGUUGGAGUGUACAUGAUUGCUUUCGCACUGCUUGUUGCUCCCCUUCCUAUGCUUGCGGCCUCUCUGUAUAUUGAUGCUAAUCAGGCAUUGAGUUCAGAAAAAGGCACGGUUACUUCAUCAGCCUCUGUUGAUUCUCCUACCUUUACUUUUAAAUCGUGGAAAUGGCUCCAUGCAGCAAAAACAAUGAUUGUGGUUCACGUAUGGAGUGUGAUCAUUACAUUACUUCCUUAUUUCAUCAGUGAAAUACCAAAUUCCCCACCAAUAAAUAACCUUUCAAUCUGGGUUCUACUUUCGGGUUUCAGUCUUCUAGCCUUGCACAUGAUCUUGGGUUCCUCCUUUUCACUUACCAGGGCUUCUCAAAUUCAAGAAAAGGAAUGGGUUAUCUUGAAAUCUGUGACAAUUUCUGCUGCCUUUGUUGGUCUUUGUCUAAUGUCGGUUAUCAAUUUUGCCACUGCUGAAAUUGGUUCCCUGCUGAUUGUUCCAAUGUGCUUGAUGGCUUUGCCCUUUAAGUUAGAAGUCAAAACUCGGUCAGUGAGGUCCAUCUCCAAGGCAGCUUGCAACCUGGUGUUGGUAUUCAUAGGGUUUCCUCCCAUUGCAUAUGUCGUCUCGAGAGGUCUCUUUGAGGGCUUUGGCAGUGUUAAUGUUGGCGACUUCUGGACUUGGAUGGAGUCCCUUUGGGUGUGGAGCAGCGCCACUUACCUUUAUGUCACGAUGGUUCACCUUCCUUGCUGGGUAUUGUGCGUUUACAUUUUACUACACCACUGUUAACUCAUCUCAGUUCGACCUCGCAUCAUUGCUUCAGUAUUACAGCUAUAUAUGAUGUUUCACCCGCGAGAUCUGUGAAAAAUACACCCACUCUGUAUGACAAGCUUAUAGGAUGUGAGAUUGGAAGUUACUCGUUAGCUCCUAGAGACCCAUCAAUCUGACUUGAUCGGCCGACCUAACAAAUGAUUAUAGAAUAGAGCAACGGUGGGCAUGCCAAUCAGUGAGCUCAAAGGCACAUUUCAACAGUGUAUCACCUGCCCAAUUGCUUACUCGUAGUCAAGACAUGGAUGGAGCCUAUUACCUGCAUAGAGGCUUCCUUGAUUGAAGAGAGUGAAUGAAACGAAGCACGGUUUGGAUUCCUUCUCGUUCUCUAUUCGUAUCAGUAAAGGUAAACAUGCUAGUUCUUGUUGUGUGGUAUGGAUUCUCUUUGCUUCGAACCAAUAUUAAGAAGAGAGUUGUUUA